UAGCCACUUCCAAGAAACGCUUCCCUCUCCCAUCAAUCUCCAUUUGCUUUCAUAUUUCUCAGAUCUACAUUCACUCGAGAGGCUGCGGAAGACAUUUUCAUUUCUAUUUUACUCCUAAUUUAUUCACAAAAUUCACUUUUUUUUUUCUAUUGUGAUCUAAAAAUUCAUGGCUGGGACUGUAGAGAUCGAAACAGCGUCGCCGAACGUGAAGGGGAAGAUGGAGAUCCUGACGGAUGACUUCGAUCCCACGGCUGUGGCAGUGGAACCGUUGCCUCCGGUUGUUACGGUAACCAACGUUGGGCCCAGCGAAUCUGAGGAGGAGGAAGAUGAAGGCGUGAAGAAGCCGACGAAGAAAGGCAGGGAGAUUGUGUUGGGAAGGAAUGUGCACACCACGUGCCUGGCCGUUACGGAGCCAGAAGCUAACGAUGAGUUCACCGGUGACAAGGAGGCUUACAUGGCUGGCGUCUUGGCCCGAUAUCGCAAAAACCUCAUGGAGCGGACCAAGCACCAUUUGGGCUAUCCUUAUAACCUGGACUUCGAUUACGGUGCACUAGCUCAGUUACAGCAUUUCUCCAUCAACAAUCUUGGAGAUCCGUUUAUUGAGAGCAACUAUGGAGUUCAUUCAAGGCAGUUUGAAGUUGGUGUGUUGGAUUGGUUUGCCCGUUUGUGGGAAAUAGAGAAAAACGAAUAUUGGGGUUACAUUACAAAUUGUGGCACAGAAGGCAAUCUUCAUGGAAUUUUAGUUGGGAGGGAAGUGUUUCCAGAUGGUAUUUUGUACGCAUCAAGGGAGUCACAUUACUCCGUCUUUAAAGCAGCACGAAUGUAUCGAAUGGAGUGUGUGAAGGUUGAUACUCUGAUCUCGGGUGAGAUUGAUUGCAGUGAUUUCAGAGUUAAGUUGCUUGCUAACAAGGAUAAACCAGCGAUACUCAAUGUUAACAUAGGAACAACUGUCAAAGGAGCUGUAGAUGACGUUGAUCUUGUGAUACAAACCCUCGAAGAAUGUGGAUUUUCACAUGAUAGGUUCUACAUUCAUUGUGAUGGAGCUUUGUUUGGACUCAUGAUGCCUUUUGUCAGACGGGCACCGAAGGUUACUUUCAAGAAGCCCAUUGGAAGUGUGAGUGUUUCAGGCCACAAGUUUGUAGGUUGUCCAAUGCCUUGUGGUGUUCAGAUCACAAGGAUGGCGCACAUCAAUGUCCUCUCAAGCAAUGUUGAAUAUCUUGCAUCAAGGGAUGCUACGAUAAUGGGAAGUCGCAAUGGUCAUGCUCCUAUUUUCCUUUGGUAUACUCUCAACAGAAAAGGUUACAAAGGAUUUCAAAAAGAAGUUCAGAAGUGCCUCAGAAAUGCUCACUACUUGAAGGACCAACUGCGCGGGGCUGGGAUCAGUGCUAUGCUAAAUGAACUCAGCAGUACAGUUGUGUUUGAGCGGCCCUGGGAUGAGGAAUUUGUUCGUAGGUGGCAACUUGCUUGUGAAGGGAAUAUAGCACAUGUGGUGGUGAUGCCUAAUGUGACCAUCCAGAAGCUUGAUGACUUCUUGAAUGAAUUAGUUGAAAACCGAUCAACUUGGUGUCAGAAAGGACAUGGUCAGCCUCCUUGUGUUGCAGCAGAUAUAGGGAAAGAGAAUUGUGUUUGCACUCUGCACAAGUGACAAAAUGACUUUUUAUCAUGAUUCUGAGUUAUUCCUUUGUUUGCUUGUAGCUUGACAUUUGAUUUUAGUGGAAUCUAGAUUUGAUGCAGAAGUUUUUCCUUUUACUAUAAGGAUUUUGCAUUAUUCCUCCGUUGCUUGCAU